GCCGCCCAUCGGCAACGGCCGCCGGUUCCAACCCAGUCGAGGCCGCGCCGCGCACGACGACGCUCCCCUCUCCCCGUCGUCGCCACGAGCCCCCUUAUAUACCACAAGCCCCCGCCUGCCCCGCGCUCCCGAGCGUCCCGUCGUCCUCUCCAACCCAUCGUCUUCUUCCCCUGUCCGAAGAUCAUCUCAUCGCCGGAGGCCGGCAGAAAGAGACCAACCUCACAAGCGCCGCCGCGCGUUCCUCGGUCGGCUAGGCAAUGACUGCCGCGGCGACGCCCCGCAGCCUCCUCGCGCUCGCCGCAGUCCUCGCCCUCGCCGUCAGCUGCCUCCAGGCGGCGGCGAAGGGGACGCGGUACACGGUGGGCGGGGCGGACGGGUGGCGCGUGCCGCCGCCGGAGGACAAGGAGAGGUUCUACGCCGACUGGGCCGCCAACAUCACCUUCUACGUCGACGACUCCGUCGAGUUCGUGUACAGGAACGACUCGGUGAUGAAGGUGGGCAAGGCGGGGUACUACCACUGCAACGAGACCGCCCCCGACGCCGACGCGGCGGCGCCGCGGGACGGCACCACGCUCUUCGUCCUCGACGCCCCCGGCGCGGCCUACUUCGCCAGCGCCGACCUCGCCCACUGCAACAUGGGGCAGCGGCUCGCGGUCGACGUCCUCGCCGACCGCGCCGCGCCCGAGCCGUGGGCGGCGCCGGGCCCGUCCGCGCACCACUCCGCCGCCGCGCCGCCGACCUACUCCGCCGCUCGCGCCGUCGCCUUGGCGCUGGCGGUCGGUUUCGUCUGAGCAACUGCGUUCUGAUCCUGUCGUCAGUAGCAGUCGUUUAAAUCUAGGAGCGCCGCCAUGUGUUUAUUUGUGUUGUCAGAUACUUGUGUUCUUGUUCAUUAGGUUGCUGAUGUGGACUCGAUCCAUGGAUCGAUCGAUCGAUCAGUGUCGUCGUGAUGAUGUACAUAUCGUCACGUUUCAUGUUGAAUGUUAGUGCCUGUAAUCUUGUAUCUGGACUCCGAUCUAUUGUGUACGUCGCCUG